UGUUUAUGUAGAAAUUUUUGGGAAUGAGUCAUGUACCUAUCUCUCAGAUAAAACAAAUAUUAGAAUAUGUAUCAACACUUUUGAUAUUAUUUUAUUUUAUUAUAACUCUAACUCCUGUAUUCAAUAUAUUGUUAAUCUUUUUAUUAUACUUGGCAAAUAUUUUAUUCACAAUUGUAAAUUUUUGGGUAAGAACCCAGUACUGUCAAUUUUUCUGGUUGACUAUAAUUCUUAAGUUUUGUCUUUAAUGGGCAUAAUUUUUUUUUUUUUUAAAUCAUUCAAAAGUCAAAAAUUGCUUUCAAUGUUUAACCUUGUAUAAUUUCCCCCCUUUGGCUUAUGUUAUUUAUUUAUUUGUUGUCUUUUAGUUUAUUUAUUUAUUUUACUUUCUAUCUUGUAUUAUUAUUAUUUAUUUUUUUGUAUUUUGUCCUCUAUUGUUUUUGAGGUUGUGUGCAUGUUAAGUGUUUUGGCAUCAAUAGAAAUAAAAAAAGGAAAAAAAAAAGAUCCGAGGGAAAACAGCGGACUUGGCAACACAGAGUGGAGGUGACGUAUUUCCUGUUCAAGAGUGGAGCUCCACUCGCCCAUGGUCUGCAGCCAGAACCAUCUCUGUCAGUUUUCCACAAGAUAAAUGUCGAACGGCUGUGAUUGGUGCUGAAUAAGAAAUUUGUGAACUAGGAUUCCACAAGCACACUGGAUUUGAGCUUGAUACACAAAUGCUCAGAAUAUGACUUGCUCAGAGGAAGCAGAUGCACAAUUUGCAGAGAUAGAGCUGCUAUUAAGUAUGUUUCCGAGUGAAGAAGAGUUACAAGUGGAUGAGCUUUCACAUGCAGAGCUCAGAGCUUAUGUGGAGGGCACAGCUCAUAAUCCCCCCAGCAUCAGGCCCCAAUUCAGCAUCAAGCUGAAGAUGGAGAACCCUGCUGUGAGCAUUACAUUGCUGUGCACCUACCCAGCUGACUACCCAAAAGUGUUGCCAGAUAUUGCUAUCAGAUGUUCAGUGCUCACUAGAUCACAGCAGAUGAUGCUUCACUCCAACCUCAACAUCUACCUUUCUGAAAACUGCAGUGGUGAUGUGUGUAUUCUUUCAGCUGUGCAGUGGAUCAAUGACCAUGCACAAACAUAUAUCACAAAAAGUGUUCCUGUCAGCGAUCCCAAGAAGGAAGAAGUUUUGAUGCAGUCAAAAGAGAUUUUCACUAGACUUUGGAUUUAUAGCCAUCACAUCUACAAUAAGAUCAAGAGGAAGAACAUUCUGGAAUGGGCAAGUGAGCUGAACCUUUCUGGGUUCAGUAUGCCAGGAAAGCCUGGUAUUGUGUGUGUGGAGGGUCUGCAGUCUGCUUGCAAUGAGUUCUGGGCCAGGGUGAAAGUUUUAACAUGGAAGAGAAUUAUGAUUCGUCACAGAGAGGAUUUCCCUUUGGACAGCUGGACAGAGGAGAGAACUGACUCUCUCCACAAGUUCACUGGCUUUCAUGAAGCAAUUUUUGACACUCAUGGGACCAGAGGAAAUCACAUGGACCUUGGACAGCUCUAUCAGUUCCUUAGUGACAAAGGAUGUUCUAAUAUCUUUCAAAUGUACUUUGGGAUUGAGGGGAGAUAACAGUUUGUGUGCAUUAUAACAGUUUUGUGUGUGCAUUAUUUCAGUGGGGUUUUUUUUUUCUUUUUCUUUGCCUUAACUUUAGACUUAAUUUUGACAACAUAAAACCUUUUACCCACCGCGGGUAUUUUUAAGCUUUAGUAUCGCGAUACUACCGUAGUACCGGUGUAUCGUGCAACCCUAAUAUGUACUAAGCUACUGAGCUAUGCUUUGGUGCAACCUCCCAAAUUUUCUUUUUUUUAAUCAAAAUCUUUAAAAGCGAUCAAGAUGUUUUUGGGAUGCACCGAUAUGAACAUUUUGGCCGAUACCGAUAACCGAUAAUUCUUUAUAAAUGAAAGCCGAUAGCCGAUAACCGAUAUGUUGGCUGAUAAAUCUAAAUCCAAAUUUUUAUAUAAUUUUUGACAGCCUGAUUACAAAAAAAGUCUCACCAUUAAAAGCCAUUAAACACUUCAACAAAUCAAACAUAAAGCAACCUUACAAAUAAAUAAAACAAUGGUUAAAUAAUGCAAACAAGUCACUGGACAACAUUACUUAACAUUAUAUGUAAAAAAAAUAAAUAAAUAAAUUAUAUUUAUAUUAUAAAUAUAUAUUUAUAUAUUGUGCCAUGCCUAAGGUCAGAGCAGUGUGAUGGCCAGCUAGUCCCUAGACACGGUUCUAAUAACUGAGAAGAUAUUGCUGCUUCAUUUUGAAAGAUUAACUUUUUCAUUCUUUAUUGUUCAUAACCCGAGAAUGUGGCGACACAUAACCUACCUGGGGUUACACCGCCCCAUCUGCGCUUCUGAGAAGCAUGGUCACGCUAUCUACGGCUAAAAUUUUGUUGCGCGUCUACAUAGCGUUGCAUGGUAGUAAUAGCCAUGAAGCUUCGAAACCUUUGCAAAUCUUUUUUUUUUUAAGAGUGGGUCAGAUCGCUUAUCAAUCUGAAACCACAGUUAACUAAUCGAUAAUAAUAGGCUACUUAAAAAACACUUCAUAGGCACUUCUUGUUUAAUGGUAUUUAUACAUAGACAUAUUUUAAAAAUUCAUAAAAAGAUAUAAUCAAACAAUUUUCUGCAGACUCCACCAGAUUCUUGUUCUUCAUCUCCCCAUGUACCACUGUGAUGAUUUUCAUUUUGUUUUACUGCAUCAUAGUUUAAUAAUUGCAUACUAAAGUCAAGACAAAUGCUAUUUAUUACCUCACUGUAUCACAUAUUUAAAAAAUUCAUAAAAAGAUAAAAUCAAACUAUUUUCUGCAGACUCCACCAUAUUCUUGUUCUAAAUCUCCCCAAGUAAUGGUAACACUUUACAAUAAGGUUGUAUUAGUUAACGCUAGUUAAUGCAUUAGUUAACAUGAACUAAUAAUGAACAAGCAAUGAACAACUCCACUGUUCAGGUUUACUUAAUGUUUUGUUAAUGUUAAUUUAUACAUUUACUAAUGCAUCUCUUUAACAGAUUAACUAGUUAACAUUGUGGUUAAUGUAAUGCAUUAGAUAAAAUGAACUAAAAAUAACAUCUGUUCAGCAUUACUUAAUCUUUGCUCAUGUUGACUUAUUCAUAUACUAAUGCUUCUCUUCACAUUAACAACUUAAUUAGUUAACGCUGAUUAAUAUAUUAGUUAACAUGAACUAACAAUGAACUAUGCCUGUAAAUAGCUUUAUUUAAUGAUGCUACAAACAGUAUAUACACAUAAGUUUGUUUAGCAGCUAACACACACAAUGGAUAAACAAUACCAACUUGCCAUUUGGCCACUGAUGGGCUAUUGGUAAACUUGGAAACCAUCUAAACAUCAGUCUACAAACAUGAGAAACACUAUCAGUUGUUUAUUAACAUGACUAACCACUAACAAAGCAUUUAUUAAGGGAAUUUGUGAACCUUAUUGUAAAGUGUACACUAGUCCAACAUUAACCCACAAAUGUUAGUUAAACGUUAGUUAAUUACAAAACAGUCAUUAUUGAUUUUACUGGACCUUGAAUGAGUGAAAGCCAUUCACGCAUCACUUACAUUUUCAGAAACUUUAUUAUAUUAUAUUACAUAACAGUGAUAUAUAUCAGUGGCGUUCCGUCCAUAUAAACUGCGAAUGCGCCGCAUACCCAGGCCGUCUGAGAGAAUGAGUUCACGGGCUAAUGAAUAUAAACAUGAUUAUAAAUUGAUCUCUUGUCAUUUGAGAUGUGACUUAAAGCUUAAUAAAGUGUUGGGAAUAAGUAUGUAAAAUUAUUUAUUUGGGGGAAAAAAAGUCAUUUUCUGUAAAUCUACGUCAGUGAGACAGUGACGGAAGCUUCCGGGUAAGCGGAUUCUCCGCAGCUUUGGCGCCUCCGCUCUGUGGCUAUGACUCGUCAGGAUUGUAGCGCGUUCUCAGUGUUUAGCUGGCAGACGGCUGAUUUCAUGAGCGGGGUAAGCUGUCCGCGAAACGCUCGCCCAGGUGGAAAAAUGCGCUUUUGCUGCCAGAUCUCGAUUGCCGAAAAUUACAAUAUGUUUGAUGCAAAACUAACCCGACGAAAUCAUAUGAAAAAAAUAAAAAAUAAAUAAAAAUCAUAACUGUAUAUUUUCAUGCUUUCUCAAGCAAAGCAAAUUUUGAAAGUCCACUAACAUAUCUGGUCAUAGGCAUGUUGACAAUAACGCCAUCAACAUUGUCUAAGUAGUAAAUAAAUUUAAAAAAAGUUUAUAAAAAUGUAUACAAAAUUUGAAAUAAUAACAAACAUCAGGAAAAAAUAGGAAACAAUACCUUUGUUUUCUAUAUACUUGUGUCGCUUACAGUUAAAGUCCUUCUGUGAUUUUAUUGUUGUUUGCAUCGUUACUUGGCAAUAUUUUAAAUAUAUUAUUAUUAUUAUUAUUUUAUUAUUUAUUUUAUUUUAUUUAUUUUUUUUUUGUAUUUUGCAUGGUCUAUUAUUGUCAUCCGGGUGGGAGUUUUAACUCCUAUUCACUGGGAAUAAAAAAUAAAUGGGGGGGAAAAAAAAGAUUCAUUCAGUUGAUGCAGAGACUUAGACCGGGGAAAUCCCCCAUCUCCCCACGCUCUGAAUAUCACGUAUCAUAACGUAACUACGUGUAAAUGUUAUUUGGCGGUUUUUACUUGGAAAAUCAGCUGUUUUCUAGCAUUCGAAUAACUAUGGAUAAACCUGAAACCAUAGAAGAAGGAUUGGAGAUGAAUUUCUAAGGGGUCCUUAAUCUUAGCACUCAGCAUACCCGGUUAAAAAGUCACCGCUCGCCACUGAUAUAUAUAUAUA